UUGAACAUUUUUGUUUCACCUUUGAACAUUUUUAUUUUUAUUUUACCUCUCUCCCUUCCACCAUGGGAAAUUGUUGCUCCCAAGGCGGAGAUCAACCGGCCGACAACACGGUCGCUGCAGAAGACAAGGGAGAAAACAAUCAACAAGAAAACAACAACAACAACAAUAACAACGAUAAUGAGCCAUCGACAAACCCUAUAACCACGCCACCACCAACAUCAAAACCACCGGCAUCAACAGCCGCACCUACUCCCGCAAAACCAACAAAACCAGCUGCCAUGGGCCCCGUCUUACAACGACCAAUGGAGGACGUAAGAGCGACAUAUACAAUAGGGAAAGAGCUAGGGAGAGGACAAUUUGGUGUAACACAUUUAUGCACACAUAAGGUAACAAAAGAACAAUUUGCAUGCAAAACAAUUGCAAAGAGAAAACUAGUGAAUAAAGAAGAUAUAGAAGAUGUUAGGAGGGAGGUGCAAAUAAUGCAUCACCUAACGGGUCAAGCAAAUAUUGUGGAACUAAAAGGUGCAUAUGAAGAUAAACAAUCUGUUCAUUUGGUCAUGGAAUUGUGUGGCGGUGGCGAACUAUUUGACCGAAUUAUUGCAAAGGGACUUUAUACUGAACGUGCCGCGGCUUCAUUGUUGAGGACGAUUGUGCAAAUUAUUCAUACUUUGCAUUCAAUGGGUGUUAUUCAUAGAGAUCUUAAGCCUGAAAAUUUCCUCUUGUUGAAUAAGGAUGAAAAUGCACCACUUAAGGUCACCGAUUUUGGUCUAUCCGUCUUUUUCAAAGAAGGAGAAAUGUUCAAAGACAUUGUUGGUAGUGCAUAUUACAUAGCACCAGAGGUGUUGAAGAGGAGAUAUGGGCAAGAAGUUGACAUAUGGAGUAUUGGUGUCAUGCUAUACAUUCUUCUUUCUGGUGUCCCUCCUUUUUGGGCAGAAUCUGAACAUGGUAUAUUCAAUGCCAUCUUAAGAGGUCACAUUGACUUUACAAGCGAUCCAUGGCCUUCAAUUUCACCUUCAGCAAAAGAUCUUGUUAGGAAAAUGUUAAAUUCUGAUCCCAAACAAAGACUUACAGCAUUUGAAGUUUUGAAUCACCCUUGGAUCAAGGAGGAUGGAGAAGCACCAGAUAAACCUAUUGACAAUGCUGUACUCAAUAGGCUCAAACAGUUUAGAGCAAUGAACCAAUUUAAGAAAGUUGCUCUAAAGGUAAUUGCUGGAUGUUUGUCAGAAGAAGAAAUCAUGGGGUUGAAGGAAAUGUUCAAGGGAAUGGACACUGACAACAGUGGAACCAUUACAAUUGAAGAACUCAAACAAGGCCUUGCAAAGCAGGGGACUAAGCUUUCAGAACAAGAAGUUAAGCAACUAAUGGAAGCUGCCGAUGCUGAUGGAAAUGGAACGAUAGAUUACGACGAGUUCAUCACAGCAACAAUGCACAUGAACAGAUUGAAUAGAGAAGAACAUCUUUACACUGCCUUCCAAUACUUUGAUAAAGAUAACAGCGGGUUCAUUACCACAGAAGAACUAGAUCAAGCUCUACGUGAAUACAACAUGCAUGAUGGCAGAGACAUCAAGGAUAUCCUUCAAGAAGUUGAUGGAGAUAAUGAUGGACGUAUUAACUAUGAUGAGUUUGCAGCAAUGAUGAGAAAAGGAAAUCCAGAAGCUCAUACUAGGAAGAGACGUGAUUCAUUUGUCACACAAUAGUUGUGGUGGGUGUUAUUAGCAAAAAAGAAAAGAAAAGGGGGUUUAUUUAUUUUUAGUCUGAUAAUUUUCU